AUCUGACAGGAGGAGGAAGAAGGCGAGUGACUGGGCAGCGGGGAUCCAACCUUCAGAAGCCGGCUGCUCUUAUUUCGGCUGCUCGCUUCGGAAAAAGACCGGGAUCCGUAACUCAUGGCGACCGGAGGGAUGAACCUGUGCCGCGUGUGCUGCCUGCUGCUGGGCGUCGUGUCGGCGGUGCUCGCGGGGCGGGAUUUCUAUCAGAUCCUGGGGGUGAGCAAGAGCGCGUCGGUGCGGGACGUGAAGAAGGCCUACAGAAAGCUGGCUCUCCAGCUGCACCCCGACCGGAACCAGGACGACCCCAAAGCCCAGGACAAGUUCGCGGACCUGGGCGCAGCUUAUGAGGUUCUGUCAGACGAGGAGAAGAGGAAACAGUACGACGCGUACGGAGAGGACGGACUGAAGGAAGGUCAUCACAGCUCUCACAACGACAUCUUCUCCAGCUUCUUCGGUGACUUUGGUUUCAUGUUCGGAGGAAACCGACAGCAGCAGGACCGAAACAUCCCCAGAGGAAAUGACAUCAUACUGGACCUGGAGGUCACGCUGGAAGAGGUGUACUCUGGGAACUUUGUGGAGGUUGUACGUAACAAGCCCAUAGCUAAAGAAGCUCCCGGCAAGAGGAAGUGCAACUGCAGACAGGAGAUGCGGACGACGCAGCUCGGACCCGGACGCUUCCAGAUGACGCAGGAGAUGGUGUGCGACGAGUGUCCCAACGUGAAGCUGGUGAAUGAGGAGAGAACACUGGAAGUAGAAAUUGAACAGGGAGUGAGAGAUGAAAUGGAAUAUCCCUUCAUCGGAGAAGGUGAACCUCACAUUGACGGAGAACCCGGAGAUCUACGCUUCCGCAUCAAAGUGUUGAAACAUCCUGUGUUUGAGCGCAGAGGAGACGACCUGUACACGAAUGUCACCAUCUCCCUGGUGGAGGCGCUGGUCGGCUUCGAGAUGGACAUCGUGCACCUGGACGGACACAAGGUUCACAUAGUGAGAGACAAGAUCACGAAGCCCGGCGCUCGGAUGUGGAAGAAGGGCGAAGGUCUGCCCAACUUUGACAACAUCAACAUCCGAGGGUCGCUCAUCAUCAGCUUCGACGUGGAGUUCCCUCAGACGCAGCUCGACGAGCAGCAGAAAGACGGUAUACGGAGUCUUCUAAAGCAGGGCUCUGCACAGAAGGUUUACAACGGACUACAAGGAUACUGACGCACACACACAGACAGCCUGGACGCAGUUAUCUGACACACACACACACACACUCACACACACACACACACACACACACACACACACAUACACACCGUCAAUCAACAGGAGCGUGCUGCAUCAUUCUGGCCAGGGUGUAUUUAUUCUUUUUUUCUGAUUGUUCUCAGGAUGGAUUGAACCCAAUUUUUAUUUUUUUUUACUUUUUAACUUUGGACAUCUUCUCCACACGUAGACAGAUGUUUCAUGUGGAGGCCGUGUCCUUGUUGUACCUUCGUUUUGUCCUUAAUAUGAUAUUAUUUUUAUUACUAUCAUAAGUUUAAUUCCCCUGUUUGUCUGACUGAGACACUGACCAACGAAGAAGAAAAUCCACGACACCGCUUUUUGAAAGAACGUCAACUUCCUCCUUCUUUUAGUUUUUGUUAUAAAUUAGUUUUAUGAAUGUAACGGUGAUGGAACGGUUUUCACUCUGGUCAGACUUCUUCUACUCCUGUAAAUACGGACGAACAAAGCUCAUCUGUUGGUUUGUCUUUUUAGUUUUUUCCUAAUUUAUGUUGAAUCUUGCCGAACUCUUUUCCAUUUGACACGAUGUGACGAUGAACUGUCCACGUCGCACGAAGCCCCCGGGUCACUCAGAUGUGUUCUGGAGGACGUCCACCAGACUCUGGCCCUGUCCGGCCCGAGCACCUGGAGCUCCGCGGGACCCCUGACCAGCAGGUGUCAGCGCCCCCUGCUGGGUGUGGUUGUAGGAUUGUUUCCCUCCCCUCUUGUUGUUUUUAACAAUCGACGACUUCGCUGCCUCUCAGUUUUCCGAGUGUGUCGUGGCCUUUAAUGUGAAGUAUCUUCUGGCCAUUUUUAACCGGGUGUUCGAGGGGUUGAUGUACUUCUGACUGACUCAAAAUAAAAAAAAUAAAGAUUUCUACAAAUUCUGA